AUGGCCUAUGAGCCUACUAUAGAACAUCUAUCUGAUGAUGACGGGUUCAUGUCUGCGGAAUCAAGUUUCUAUGGCGGUGAUGAAGCGAGGCAAGACCUAGAAGCCAGGGCUGGGGCUUUUGACUCAAGCUCUUACUGGGCCUUCCAUAAAUUCCAGCCUUCUGUUAUUGCCUUCCAAGCUACUCAACGAUCAAUGGCGUCUCCAAGAGAAGGGGAGCAAUACAAUAUCUAUGCAGACUACCCUUCAGGUCGUCAACUCGAUGAGACAGUCUCCGACUUUCUUGCUCGCUUGCCUCCUCGCACUAGCCAGAUCGCAGACUCCGGUCCAUGGAUCUAUAUAUCAAAUCCACAGGUAAAGCGAGAAGCGUUGCAUGAAAACAUAAGAAGGUUCAAGGAGCGCGGCGCGGAGCUCCUUUCAACGUUCGGUCAAGCCAAAGAUCAGAUCGAAAACAGUGCUGGAUGGAAGACCAACUCUGUCAUCGGUCGUCAGAUUGCACCCUUGAGAAGACAGCUAGAAAAGAACAUCUUCGCGCUGGCUCGAGAGACAGGCGUCACGGCCGGAAAGUGGAUGCUCUUUCCCGCUCCAGAGGAUGUGGAUCGUAUUUGGUCUCUCAUCGCUCAUGCUACUGUGGAAGGCACUCUGGGCCAUGCUGCAAAGGUUGCGGCUGAUGAUGGGUCAGGUGAUCGUUCGCGGCUGAUCUGUUCGUACAAUGAGGACUUUGCCGAUAUGCAGGCCGUGAAAAGGGUAUUACAGCAACUGGACCGAAUGGGCUUGGUAAAGCAGCGGGGUCCGAUGGGUGAGGAGCGAGGGAUCUAUUACAAGACAGAUGCAUUUACUUGGCUGGAAAUAAAUUCAGGAAACCAGUGGGGUUUGAGAGCGAGUAUGUUCUCCAGUAAAGACGUGUUGAAUGACGGCUGGGAACAUUGA